CCUCAACCAGUGACAGCUCGGCAAUUGCUAAGUCUAAUUCUGCCAACAAAAGCAAGGAGCCAGGCCAAGUGUCGUCAGUGGAUGAGGACUAUCCAUUUGUUGAGGAGCCAUCAGAUGACUUCUUCUGUCCAGUGACAACUGGGUCUUUUUCUGCUCCAUCCUCACCUCACAUCAUGCUGUGGUAUCAUAUCUCAGAGGAAGCUGCCAGCAGAAUACAGAGAGAGGGAGGGGCAUGUCCGCUGUGCAAGGAGGAGGAUCGGAGCACAGUUUUAAAUAAACUUUUCCAGCGUCAAGUGAACUCGCUGCGUGUGUUCUGUCGCCACGAGGACAAGGGGUGUGGUUGGCAGGGAGAGCUGGUUGCCUUUCACCAUCACGUGGAGUCUUGUCCAAUGAGAGACGGUCCUCCCAUGACUGAGCUAGUGAACUGCCAGUAUACAGAGAGGCUGGAGCCUUCCCUAGUUUGUCUGGAGCCAUUUCUCCGCACCCUUCUGCCUCUGGAACCAUUUUACGAGUGA